AUGGACACGAGUUACUCGCCGUCAGCGGUGGUCAACACUAAUAUCGCCGAAAAUAGCGCUAAUAAUGAGAGCAAAGAUUUGGGUCAAGAGUUUCUGUCGCAAACUCCCAACCGAUUGGUUGUCGAUAAGAUUCCGGCGCCGAUUGUGGCCAACGAUUACUGCUGUGCCGAUGAGCUGAUUGGUCAGCCACUGGUCACUUGCGACGGCUCACUGGCCAUCAAUCUAUUCAAAGGCAUUCGCGUCGAUAUAAACGCCAAUCACUCGAUCUAUGUAUCGAUGGGUGACUCCAAAGUGUCGGUCAGUAAUUCCGGACAAAACAUCGGAGUUGUCCACCGAUUCGGCCGCGUAUUCAAAGAGUUGGUUCCGCAGAACAACUGUCACAUCGAGAGUGGCAUACAUUUGGCCAAAAUGUGCGGCCGAGGCAUCACUUUCACGUCACUCAACCGAUCGCUCAUCUAUUUGGUCGACUCCUCCGGCUGUAAGACGACUACUGAGCGCUUCCGCAAACUCAACCACGACUUCUCUCUCGACAUCUUCAACAGUCACGCCCUGAGUGCCGAUUACGGGCGUCAGAGAGCGUUCGCUGACCUAAUCCGUGGCAGUUAUGAAGUGUCCGAAGAGGGAGACGAGAAGUUUUGGUAUUUCCCGGGUCUACGAAUCCGUCAGCACGUGUUGACCGGUGACCUAAUGAUCACCAAAUCGUACGGCAAAGUCGUGGUAUACAUGAAUCCGAGCGAGAAUUCGGUGAAAGUGAAUGCACCGAAUCUGAGGAUUACGGCCACCAAUAGACCCGACUCUUGUCUGUCGAUAAUCAAACCGCACUCGAAGGACGAGCAGAGAGUGACCGCCGGAUUCAAUAACUUCCGCGUCAAAUAUGGCUCACAGAAGGCCGGCUUCGACGCCAACGACGAGUUGGUUCUCAUCUGA